AUGAAGAUGAUGCUUGUCGGGGUUAACUGGGUUCUUGCAGCUGCAGGUUUUCUUCUCUGGACCAGUGUUGGGUCUGCUGCUCCCAUGGUGUGCCACUUCAACUCCAGAGCACUGUGUGAGUUCGAGGGGAGGCACUACUCGCUGGGUGAAUCCUGGAUGGACAACGCUUGUAUGCAGUGCACCUGUCUGCACCCUAUCGGCGUCGGAUGCUGCGAGACGGUGCAUCGGCCGGUGGAUUUCCCUGCGUGGUGUGAGGUGCGUGUGGAGCAAGGGACCUGCCAAGUGUCGCUGGUCCAGACGGCCGACCCCCGCCUGCCCUGCUCCCCAGGUGACAACAUGAAGGACCCCGUCCACGGAUCGCUUCAGCUGCAGCAGCUCGACUGGUAGAAAACCAGCGAAUAUUUGUUCUAUUCAUCUGCCUGUGAAGCCAACACUCACUAUAGUUAAACACCAGUAACC